CAAACACGGGGCGCCUCGGGGCGCGGGACCAAACACCGCCCCGCUUGUCCCAGAGCCCGGAUAGUGCUGGUCGCUGCCGAGUGCAGACUGGGCGGGCCUUGCCUUCCCUGCUGGAGGACCGAACGUAGGCGCCGGGCCCCGUAGAGCCUCCCCGGGAGUCGCCAGGGCGCUUUCCUGCGGCGCUGCAGACAGACUGGCCUGAUGCGCGUCAGCAACUUCGCGGAGGGCACAGGACAUGAAGUAAACCAUGGAUAACUGUUCCUCGGCUACGACAUUCCUAACCGACAGCUUGGAGCUGGAGCUGGGGACAGAAUGGUGCAAACCCCCGUGCUUUUCUUGUGCUUUUGACAACAGAGGAGGAGGGAAACAUUUUUCUGGAGAGUCGUACCUUUCCAGCGGAGCCCUUAAGCGAUUAAUUUUGAAUCUCGAUCCUUUACCAACUAAUUUCGAAGAGGAUACAGUGGAAAUAUUUGGCAUCCAGUGGGUUACUGAAACAGCAUUAGUGAAUUCAUUUAGAGUUCUCUUUCAUUUAUUCAGGCAGCAGCUGUACAACUUGGAAACUUUACUACAGGCGAACUGUGAUUUUGGACAGAUAUCAACCCUGCACUGCAAGGCAGACAAUGUCAGGCAGCAGUGUGUAACAUUUCUUCAUUAUGUUAAAGUUUUCAUCUUCAGGUCCUUGAAAGCGCAGAAUGCUGAGAGUCAUGUUCCUGUUCAUCCCUAUGAGGCUUUAGAGGCACAGCUUCCCUCAGUCUUGAUCGAUGAACUUCGUGGGUUACUCUUGUAUAUAGGACAUCUGUCUGAACUGCCCAGUGUUAAUCUAGGAGCAUUUGCAAAUCAAAAUCAGAUUAAGCUUUUCCCACCAUCAUGGCAUUUAUUACAUCUCCACUUGGAUAUUCAUUGGCUGGUGCUAGAAAUUCUUCACAUGCUUGGUGAAAAAUUGAAACAAGUUGUAUAUAGCCAUCAGUUUAUGAAUCUGGCAGGUGACAAUUUAACCAAUGUCAGCCUAUUUGAAGAACAUUGUGAAAAUCUCCUUUGUGAUUUAAUAAACCUGUCACUCAACAGGUAUGAUAAGGUCAGGCCUCCUGAAGCAUUAGUGAGUCACCAUUGCCCUUGUCCGUGCUUUAAAGAGUUGUGGGUUCUACUCAUUCACCUUCUAGACCACAGAAGUAAAUGGUCUCUUUCAGAAUCAUUUUGGAAUUGGUUGAAUAAACUACUUAAAACACUCUUUGAAACACCAAGUGACGGAGGACGUCGUUCUGUGCCUGUAAUCCGACCCAGGGAUCCAUUAGGUUUUAGCUGGUGGAUUAUUACUUGUGUAGCAUCAUUUUACCAGUUUGAUCGCCAUGGAGCACCAGAUGAAAUGAGACAAAUGGAAUCAAAUUGGAACUUUGUAGAAGAAGUGCUGAAAAAGUCCGUCAGUAUUCAGGACUGUAUACCAGAAGAGCAAUUACGAAUGUAUCUUCACUGUUGUUUGACACUUUGUGAUUUCUGGGAGCCAAACAUUACAAUUGUCACCAUUCUAUGGGAAUACUAUAGUAAAAACUUGAAUAGUUCUUUCAGUAUUUCUUGGCUGCCUUUAAAAGGUCUUGGAAAUGUCAUUAAGUCACCGUUGUCUAUGCUAGAAAUGGUGAAGACCUGCUGUUGUGAUAAACAAGAUCAUGACCUUUAUAAAUCCAGCAGUAGCUACACCAUUUUCCUUUGCAUUUUGGCAAAAGUUGUUAAGAAAGCAAUGAAGAACAAUGGUCCUCAUCCUUGGAAACAAGUCAAAGGAAGAAUAUAUUCUAAAUUCCACCGAAAAAGAAUGGAAGAACUAACUGAAGUUGGUCUGCAGAACUUUUUCAGCCUUUUUCUACUGUUGGCAGCUGUUGCAGAGGUGGAAGACGUGGCAAGUCAUGUUUUAGGCCUCCUGAAUUUCCUCACGCCUUCCCUGACAACAUCUUCUCUCAUUUGGAAAGCUCAGGUGGCCUUCCUCCUGAUGUAUACCCAGAAAAAUCUGGACAUUGGUGUUUUGGCUGAGAAAUUUUCAGGUGCUUUCCUGGAGAAAGCAAAGGAGUUCUUGGUAUCUAAAAAUGAUGAUAUGGGGCAGAGACAGUCUCUCUGGACACUUCUGUCCAUCUAUAUUGAUGGUGUUCAAGAAAUGUUUGAGACCAGCCACUGCGUGCAUCCUCCCCAUGAAAAGCUGCUUAAUGAUGGCUUCAGUAUGCUGCUCCGGGCCUGUCAGGGAUCCGAGCUCAGGACAGUGCUGAGCUUUCUGCAGGCUGUUCUGGCCAGAAUCAGGAGUAUGCAUCAACAAUUGUGCUGGGAACGUCAAAAGGAGAACGUGGACCUACUUGUGCAGUCUUCAUUAUCGGCUAAAGAGCGCCACCUUGCCGCAGUUGCUAGUGCUCUAUGGAGACAUUUCUUUUCUUUUCUGAAGAGUCACAGAAUGUCCCAGAAAGUGCCCCUCUCACAACUGGCAGAUGCAGCUGCAGAUUUUACUUUGUUAGCAAUGGACAUGCCCAGCACAGCUCCAUCAGAUCUUCAGCCUCAGCCAGUUAUAUCACUAAUAAAACUUUUUGGCUGGGAUGAUAUCAUCUGGCCUCAAGUUGUAGCAAGAUACUUAAGUCAUUUCCUACAAAAUGGCAUGUUAUGUGAAGCACUUUCUCAUUCAAGCUGUGUAUCUUUUCAAGCCUUAACUGUGAGAUCAUGGAUCCGUUGCAUUUUGCAAAUGUAUGUAAAAAAUCUCCAUGUGCCUGAUGAGUUUUAUGUUGAUAUAAAUCCUGAACAGGCAGUUGAAAAAGAGUAUUUGGAACAGCUGGCUGAACUGACAAGGUUGCUAUUUAAACUCUCAGAAGUAAAGGAUAUUUUCUUAAAGGCUCACGUUGAAGAUUUGUCCAUCACAGAAGAUCCUAAAAAAGCACUUGUUCAAUUCUUCGAGGCUGUUGGUAUAACUUACGGGAAUCUGCAGACACUUUCUGAUAAAUCGGCCAUGGUCACAAAGUCUUUAGAAUACCUUGGUGAAAUACUAAAAUAUAUAAAACCUUAUUUGGGAAAAAAAGUGUCCACUGCAGGGCUGCAACUGACUUAUAGGAUGAUGGGAAUUCUUGUUAAAUCAUGGGCACAGAUCUUUGCUACUUCGAAAGCCCAAAAAUUACUAUUCCGGAUCAUAGAUUGUUUACUGUUGCCACAUACAGUAUUACAGCAAGAGAAAGAGCUACCUGCGCCGAUGUUGACUGCGAUUCAGAAGAGUCUUCCUUUGUAUCUCCAGGGCAUGUGUAUCGUGUGUUGUCAGUCUCCAAACCCAAACACCUAUUUGAAUCAGUUGCUAGGAAAUGUUGUUGAGCAGUAUAUUGGGCGAUUUCUUCCAGCUUCACCACAUGUUUUAGGUCUUGGGCAACACCCAGUUCUUUUGGCCCUGAGAAACUCAGCCGCUGCUCCACCGAUGUCAUCUCUAAAGAAAUGUAUUGUACAAGUCAUCAGGAAAUCCUACUUUGAAUGUAAAGGGUCCUUGCCCGCUUCUCGCCUAACAUCCGCUCUGGCCUUCGUCCUCCAGCUCUUCCAGGAAACUACCGUCGAUGUUUCAGAGGUCGAAUCCCUCCUUCCUGGUGUCUUAAAGUGCUUGGUGUUGGUCAGUGAGCCCCAAGUUAAGAGGCUGGCCACAGAGAACCUGCAGUACAUGGUAAAAGCCUGCCAAGUGGGGUCCGAACAGGAACCUGCCACCCAGCUGACUUCUGUGUUUAGGCGUUUUAUCCAGGACUAUGGUAUGAGAUACAAUUAUCAGAUUUACAACAUUUUAGAAAUAGUAGCAGCGUUGAACCAGCAGGUUGUUAUCCACUUGAUUCCUACCCUCACUCAGUUUCUGAAGGAUUCAGAGCAGAAAUGGGGCCUUGGCAGAAAUAUUACACAAAGGGAAGCCUAUAGCAAACUUUUAUCUCACCUAGGACAAGUGGGACAAGAUGAGACGCAGAGACUGGAAAAUGAUAAAACCUAACAUUUUGUGAUUCUUCAUCUAUAUUAAUUACAACUGUCUAAGGCCGCUUUGUGCCAUUCUGACUCCUCCUUUUAAUUAAUUGUAUAAUAUUCUGUUAAAAAUACUUUCUAGGAUUUUUUUCCUUACAUACCUGUAAAUAUAAAGUAUAUAAAUAAGGAAAUAAAGGUUAAUUACAUAUGUCAUAGGCUCUCUGUAAUUUACAAAACCUUAUUCUAUUUCAAAGAGAUUUUAGUUAAACUAAAUUAAACUUUUCCUAACUGGGAGUAUUAUUUGUGUAUGCCUGUUAGGCAGGUCUGUACUGGUUGAUCCAUGGACUUUUUACUGUAAUGUGACGUUCUGCCUUGUUAGUGACUUUUUUGUUUUUGUUUUUGUCUUACAAGUUAUGUUUUAAUAUGGUACUUUUUCAAAUUACACUGUGCCGGCUUCUUUUUUUAAGGGGGUGGGUGAUCAGGAGAUGGGACUGUAUAUAUUUGUUAUCCUUUAUUAUACUAGUGUGAGGCAGGUUCAUGAACAAAACCCUCACCAGGC